GAUGUGUUAGCGGAAACACGCUAUGCUCCGUUUGGAAAGAUGGCUGCGUCCAGUUUGACGGGUCUUUGCAGAAGAGCCUCAGCGGUCCUGAAAGCUACCAAGUUGCUAAUAUGUCCCAAGGCCGCUGCCAGCCCAGGAUAUUCUCUUAGUUUGUUGCCUAAGAAUGCACCAGAUAUCACAUCCCUUCAGCAACGUAAGUCACUUCACACCACAUUGCCAAGGAAAGGACUCGAAGAAUUUUUUGAUGACCCAAAGAAUUGGGGGGAAGAAAAAGUAAAAUCUGGAGCUGCAUGGACCUGUCAACAGUUACGGAAUAAAAGUAACGAAGAUUUACAUAAACUUUGGUAUGUCCUGCUGAAAGAAAGGAACAUGCUUCUCACUCUGGAACAGGAGGCCAAGCGGCAGAGUUUGCCAAUGCCAAGUCCAGAGCGGUUAGAAAAGGUGGUUGACUCCAUGGAUGCAUUAGAUAAAGUUGUCCAGGAGAGAGAAGAUGCUUUACGGCUUCUUCAGACCGGUCAAGAAAAAGCAAGGCCUGGUGCCUGGAGGAGGGACAUCUUUGGAAGAAUCAUCUGGCACAAGUUCAAGCAAUGGCCUAUUCCUUGGUACCUAAAUAAAAGAUACAACAGGAAACGGUUCUUUGCAAUGCCUUAUGUGGAGCGUUUUGUCAGACUAAGACUUGAGAAACAAGCCCGCACAACAGCAAGAAAGAAAAGCUUACAGAAGAAGAAAGAAAAAAUUCUUCAGGAAAAAUUUCCACAUCGUUUUGAAGCUCAGAAGUCAAGACUUAUUUAAUAUGAACUCUUAAAGCUCUGUUUUGUUUUUCUUCACGGUGGUCUGUAUACUACGUAUAUGUUAAGUGGUUUAUAAAGCAAUCAUGUUUCUGAACAAA